CCAAAACAGAGAAAAGAGCAGCAGACGAGCAAGGAAAUACAAGACCGGAGCGUUUUUAACUUUCUGGAUAUAUUAGCGCUGGAUAGCUCGUGCUUUUCGACUUUUGACAGGAUGAUGUUUACCAGCCUUAACGCCGACUGCGACGCGUCUUCCCGGUGCAGCACGGCUUCACCGAGCGGCGACAGCGUCGGGUAUUACCCGCUCAACCAGACUCAGGAGUUCACGGAUCUGAGUGUCUCAAGUGCCUCUUUCGUGCCAACUGUCACGGCGAUCUCUUCAUGCCCGGACUUGCAGUGGAUGGUCCAGCCCAUGAUCUCCUCUGUGGCGCCCUCCAACGGCGCAGCUCAAUCCUACAACCCGAGCUCUUACCCCAAAAUGAGGGUUACUGGAGCAAAGACCUCCAACAAGAGAAGCAGAUCUGAACAGCUUUCUCCAGAAGAAGAAGAGAAGAAAAGAGUACGUCGUGAACGAAACAAGAUGGCUGCUGCGAAAUGCCGCAACCGUCGACGUGAACUCACCGAUACACUGCAAGCUGAAACUGACCAGCUUGAGGAUGAAAAAUCCGCCCUGCAGAACGACAUCGCCAACCUGCUCAAAGAAAAAGAGAGGUUAGAGUUCAUCCUCGCCGCACACAAACCCAUCUGCAAGAUCCCGGCCGACGCCAGCUUCCCAGAGCCGUCCUCCUCUCCCAUGGGCUCCAUCUCAGUCCCAGAGAUCGUCACUACCUCAGUGGUCUCUUCCACACCAAACACAUCAAUCACGACCUCUUCCAGCAGCCUGCUGUUCUCCAGCACGGCCUCCACCGACAGCUUCAGCUCCACCACAGUGAAGAUCUCUGAUCUGGAGCCCACUCUAGAGGAGUCUCUGGAGCUCCUGGCUAAAGCGGAGCUGGAAACGGCUCGCUCGGUUCCAGACAUGGACCUGUCCAACUCUCUGUACACUCAAGACUGGGAGCCGCUCUACACGCCGGCUAACACUGACCUGGAGCCGCUUUGCACACCCGUCGUCACCUGCACUCCAGCCUGCACCACCUACACGUCUUCCUUCAUGUUCACCUACCCAGAAAACGACGUCUUCCCGACAUCAGUGCAUCGCAGGGGCAGCAGCAGCAACGAUCAGUCGUCCGACUCCUUGAAUUCCCCAACCCUCCUCACUCUUUGAGAUUCCACUAAAGACUAUUAGUAUUUAUAUCUGUGACUUGAUUUCGAAUGGCAUUGCAGGGCUAUGGAAGUGACUCUAAAGCAAUGGAUAUUGCUUCCUAUAUUUAUCUGAACCAUACAUGCCUGCCACAUGUAGCAAGAUAAGCAUGGAUCAACUGAUUUUAUUUGCAUUAAUGAUCUGGUUAGUGUUGAGUUAACCUAAUAUAGUUAUUUUUCUGAGUUUACCGGUGCUAGAUUUGUUGUAUUUAGUGUGUUCUGAGCAAUAGAGAACUAUCAUGUUAUUUUUUUUCGGCCGUUUAACGGUUGAUUUCUGAACGUGUGAAUGUUGUUUACUCAAAUGUGUGCUGCCUAACCAUUGCAUUAAAUGGUCUGACGUCCAAGUAUGAAGUUUUCUGUGAAAACGUAGUCUCUCUUUUAAUUUAUGGAGUUUUUAUUUUUGUACUGAAAUGUGAACUUGCGAAUUGUUUGCAAAAAACAAACAAAAAAAACUAGACACAAUAAAUAUUAAAUGUAUAAACUAAAA